AUGUCAUCACAAACACCAAUACAAAAUAAUAAUAAUAAUAACAAAGAUGAUGAUGAAGUAAUGUUACAAUUACCAGACAAUGAUAUUUGUUUUUGUAUAUUUGAUAGAUAUAUCAAUGAUGAAGCAUCUGAACAAUCAGAGGCAAUCAUUUAUUUCUAUCCAGAGGUAAAAAGUACACCGCACAAGGUCCUUUUUGGUGGUAUGAUACAAUCAUUAGUAGGUGCCAUUCAAGAUUUCUUUGAUGCAAAAAGCAAGAUUGAUUAUGUUAGAUUCGAUAGACACAUUAUGGCCUACAAAUUUGUUGGUACCUAUACAUUGGCAUUGUGUGCACAUAAAUCAAUACCAUCUUCUACCAUUAUCCAUCAUCUAGACUAUAUCUACAACUCUUUUACAUUUUAUUGUAAGAGUUUUAAAGAUAUCAAUUCUAGAGAAACUAAACUAAACAUGAAUAGAGUUUUGGCCGAAACAAUGGAAAUUGUAUCUGAUGAUUUAUACAAGAAUAGAAUGCGUUCCUUUCAACCAUUACCUUAUACUCCUUUACCUCCUUCAUCAAAUCGAACAUUUUUAAGAUCAUCACAAAUGUUGCACAAUAUUAUCUUUCCUGACCAUUUGGGAGGUGCUCUUUUCGUCAAGAGUAAUCUAUUGAUUAGUACAAUAGAUUUGGAUAUUACAAAACAUAUUAUAGACAAGAUCCAACAUACAAGAGACAAAGUAAACGGAUCAAUCCCAAAUGACAUUUCUAUUAGCGUCUACAUAUCCCCAAAAGACUAUGAUCAAUUAAUUCAAUAUAAAUUAGAAUACACUGAUACUCCAUCAUCCAACUCUAAUAAUUUUGAACAAGAUUCAUCAAACUCUCAACAACAACAACAACAAGAAUCAUCUACAUCGACGACAAAUAAUGCAUCUCAACAACAAAAUAUUAGAGGUAAAGGAGAAAAUGAUGAAGAGCCAUAUGUAUUGGUAGAGCUUUUAUUAUUAUUCUGGGCAAAUGUGACUGUAGCAGUAGUGACUCAACCCAUCCAAAAUACAACCAGAUAUAUAAACAAGAUUAGAAACCUUUUAAUUUCAUCAUCUGAAAUAGAUACUUUAGAAAAGGACCCAGCAUUACAAAAUCAAAACACAAUGUGUCAUACCACCAUAUCACCGUGUCACACCUAUGGGUACCAUUUCCUUUCAUACAAUUCUUUGACACAAAGUGCUGUUGCCAGUGGUAUGUCAUCUGAAUCGGAAGAAGUCUUUAUCAACACUUGCUCAAACAUUCACGAUACAUUUGAAGAGAAUAGUUCAAUUAGUCAAAUGUUUCUUCGUAAUCAAAAUGGUGAAAUAUUUUGCAAGAAACAAUUUGAAUUGUGA